AUGUCGAUGCAUUCUUUGCCAACCUUUCAUCCGUUUUCGGUAAGACGCCGUUGGAACCUCACCGAAUAUGGAACAUGGAUGAAACCGGGUGCCCGACCGUGCCAACCAGACCUGUCAACAACCAUCGCGCGCAAAGGACAAAAGCAGGUCGGCUCAUCAACAUCUGCCGAAAAAGGCACCAAUGUGUUUUUGGCUUUGGCCGUCAGCGCUAGUGGCCAGUCUAUACCGCCAUUCUUCCUCUUUCCCCGAGUCAACAUGAAAGAGAUUUUUAUGACUCAUGCGAGUCAUGGCGCUGUUGGUAUUGCGAACGGUUCUGGUUACAUGAACUCUGACGUAUUCCCUCAAUUCAUGCGUCAUUUCAUCAAGCACACCGGUGCUAAUGCCGAUUCGCCAACCAUGUUGCUGCUGGACAACCACGGUUCGCAUUUAUCGAUCGAGCAUGAUGCAUGGAAAAAGUCCAACAUUGGUGUCACUUUCGAUCUGCAUCAUGUGCCGCUCCUUGUCGAUCAGUGCCUCGAUGUUAUGUUAACGCCGAAAACCAUCAAAUCCGGCUUCCGAACAACUGGCAUCUACCCGUUCAACCCGCAAAUUUUCACUGAAGUUGACUUUGUCGCUUCGGAACUGAGCGGCGAAAAUUUGUUCGGUGACGAAGAGAAAGACGCCGACAAUCAACGUCGAGUUCUUGCCUCUGGUGAUGCCAUUGUUGGUGCUGCAUCAUCGUCGUUGUCUCUUGUUUCGGCUCCACAGCUCCGUGAUGCAUUGAAAUCGGUUGGCCCAUUGAAAUUGGGCACACCUGCGCCGAAAUCAAAACGUGGCCGCAAGACAAUGGAGUCAACGAUUUUGACAUCGCCUGAGGUUGUCGCAGAUCUGCGUGACAAGGCCGAAAAAAAGCGGCAAAAAUUGACGAAGGCAGCCGAUGAACCAGCAGCCAAGAAGCAAAAAGGCCGUGGCAAAUCGAAGACGCCACGGAAGAGAAGCCCGUCUCCGACCGAAACCGACAUCGAAGAGGACUUCGAUUUUUGCACGAUUUGCAAAAAAAAGAUGCCGAAGCACGAGAAUCGUCAAAACACGGCCCAUUGCAUCGUUUGUGAUCGAGGGGUUCACUUGAAAUGUGCCGGACCGAACCCGAACACUUACACCUGCAUCCACUGCGAGUCGGAAUAAUUUUUUUCGCCAAUUCCUAUUUUUCUUAUUAUUUAUGAAUCUCUCUUUCAUUUCCAUUGAUAAAUAAACGUUUUUCAUCGGUAACAA